CUCGCCUCCAACCAAUUUACCGAGUCGUACUACGUUCGUGAUAUGUACCCCUGAAACCUCUUCAGAGUCAUCCAUUUCCCAUCAACAAUUGUCAACUAACAUCAAAGUCAGAAAUUUCAACACGAACGUCAAAACAGUUUUAUUGUAUGGAACCGAGACGCGAAGAACUAUUACAGUCAUAAUAAAAAAUGUACAUGUGUCUAUAAACGAUUGUCGAGAUAUUGUUCGAAUACACUUUUAUUGUUCAUCAGUUGGGCGCGAAUUCACUUGAGGUAGUCGUCAUAUCAUGGAACGGACGUUCAUAAUGGUCAAACCUGAUGGAGUCCAACGAGGUCUUGUUGGGGAGAUUAUACAACGAUUUGAAAAGCGAGGCUAUAAGCUUGUUGCAAUUAAGAUGAUGCAUGCCUCAGAACAGCUUCUUCAGAUUCAUUACGAGGCACUCAAAUCUUUACCAUUCUUUCCAAAACUAGUUGCGUAUAUGUCAUCUGGACCUGUUGUACCAAUGGUAUUCGAAGGGCGUAAGGCUAUUGAGAACGGACGUACAAUGUUAGGUGCUACUAAACCUGAAGCAAGUUGUCCUGGAUCAAUAAGGGGAGACUACUGCCAAGAUGUAGGAAGAAAUGUUGUCCAUGGAUCAGACUCAACUGAAAGUGCUAACAGGGAAAUCAACUUAUGGUUUACUCCACAAGAACUAUGUCAAUAUAAACAAGCCGUUGACCCUUGGAUCCAUGAAUAGACUGCUGUUUGAUCACCAUUUUAUCCCUGUAGACUGAGUGAUUGGCUAUUUCCCAAAUAAAUUGAAGGUUGAAUUGUCUUACUACU